AUGUACGUUCCACCUCUGGAAGCCAGCCCAUUCGCACAUCAGUCUCCAUUUCCAUCGGCUCCAGUCAUUUCACCUGCGUCGUCCAUCCCCCACCGAUCUGGCGACUCCACCGAACGUUGGCUCGAGCAUCCCGUUAGACCUCAAAACGCCGUGACAUCACUCGAUCUGAAUCAUCCUGGUAAGCAGGGAACGGUCCUCGUCUUGGGUGCAGCCAGUCGGCCGCUAAUGCGUGAGCGGGAUGGGCGCUGA